CUUGCUUUACGCGUUGCCUUGAACCUCAUGUGAGCUCAAAACCUUGUAUGAGAUGCUGUUGGAAGUAUUUACGACUGCAUCAAUCUCUGUGUUCACCCGGCACAACAUUGAUCGACCAUGCCGAAACCUACUGUUCUCAUCGUCGGCACCACCGACACCAAGCUCGAUGAGAUACUCUACCUGCGGAAGCAGAUCCUCGCUCAAGGAACUUGCCAGACCAAGGUCCUCGAUGUAAGUCACACACCAGCCAAGUCAACGCACGAAAUCCCAUCAGAUGAGAUUCUAUCACCUUUACAAGAACAAGCCUCGAGCUUGAAAUCACUCUCACGAGGAGACUACAUCGAGAAAGCUAUCCAGACAUGUCUUCCUAUUGUCAAAGACCUUGUCACCAAGGCUCAGAUCCAGGGAAUCGUAUCUGCAGGUGGCAGUAGUGGCUCGUCGAUCGCCACAGCUUUUAUGCGAGGAGCCUGUCCCGUCGGUUUUCCAAAGCUGAUGGUGUCGACGAUGGCCAGCGGAGAUGUAAAGCACUAUGUCGAAGAGACAGACAUCACAAUGAUGUACAGUGUUGUGGACAUUGCCGGUGUCAAUUCAAUCCUCCAAAGAAUUUUGUCCAACGCUGCCGCCGCAAUCUCCGCAAUGACAGUAUCAUAUGCAAAGUCUCUGGUCGAUCCGUCUGCAGCAGGAAUGAAAGGCAAACGCAUUGCAAUCACCAUGUUUGGAAACACAACACCCUGCGUCGAUCAAGUCCGCAGAAUCCUGACGUCCACACCGCAUGACGUCUCAGAUUAUGAAAUAUACGUCUUCCAUGCCACUGGUGCAGGUGGACGAGCGAUGGAAAGACUGAUCGCCGAAGGUCAAAUUGACGCUGUCAUCGACCUGACUACCACGGAGAUCGCAGAUGAACUCUUCGGUGGCGUUUUGGCGGCUGGUCCAGAUCGCCUCGAAGUCGCUGCAAAGUUGGGCAUACCUAUGAUUGUCUCCGUCGGAGCCUGUGAUAUGGUCAACUUCGGCCCAAAAGAUACUGUACCUGAAAAGUACAAGGAUCGAAAACUGGUGGAGCAUAACCCAGCGGUGACCUUGAUGCGCACCACGCCAGAGGAGAAUAAUAAGAUUGGCGGAUUUAUAGCGUCGAAGUUGGCUACUCAUGCCGUGAACCCGGAGUCGAUUCGAGUUCUGUUGCCGCAAGGUGGUAUCAGUGCAAUUGAUGCUCCAGAUCAGCCAUUUCACGAUCCCGAUGCUGACAAUGCCUUGUUUGAAAGCAUUGAGGAGGGAUUGGAAGGGUCGAAGAUUGAGAUUGAAAAACAUCCGAUGCACAUCAAUGAUGAGUUAUUUGCUGGGCAUGUGGCGUCGGCCAUCCUGGAAGUCAUGGGCGUUACGCCGAGGAAGUAUCGUCUGGCGAAUGCACGGAGAAGGAAAUGGAGUUUCGAUCAUGGUGCUACGGUCAUGUUGGCGAGGAGGACGAGUCAGAUUGCGAUUCCUGAUGCAGCUUAAUGGAGCACAAGAGGGAGUUCUGACAAUGGCUGGCGUGGAUCUCAAGGCGUGAAUGGUUGUCUUUCGUCUGCUUGAUAACUAUACCAAUGCGCAAUGAAGUCAAAGUCAUGUUGAACCUGAAGAAGGUGAGUGGAGGAGAAUAAAUAUGGUUGAGAGUUGGGCUGUUUAAUCUAUCUUGUCCGGCUCAUCGAUUAUCCGCCAAGGCUGCGCUAAAUUUGGUGGGACUUUUGAUGUUGACUUCAAAGUCCA